AUGAUGUUCCCCGGCCUCCUCGCGCCCGCCGCCGGGUACCCCAGCCUCCUGCGCCCUACGCCCACCUUGACGCUGCCCCAGUCCUUGCAGUCGGCAUUUUCCAGCCACUCCAGCUUCCUAGUGGAGGACCUGAUCCGCAUCAGCCGACCCCCAGCCUACCUGCCCCGCAGCGUGCCCACGGCCAGCAUGUCGCCGUCCAGGCAAGGGGCCCCCGUGACCCUCACCGACACGGGGGCCUCGGACCUGGGCUCCCCCGGCCGAGGCAGCCGGCGAGGCAGCUCUCCGCUGACCGCGGCCUCCCCAGCCAGUGAGCCCACGUUUCUGAAGUUUGGGGUGAACGCCAUCCUCUCCUCGGCGCCCAGAACCGAAACUUCCCCCGCCUUGCUCCAGAGCGUCCCUCCCAAGACCUUCGCCUUUCCCUACUUUGAAGGUUCCUUCCAGCCUUUCAUCAGAUCUUAUUUCCCAGCGUCCUCCAGCGUCGUGCCCAUGCCGGGCACCUUCUCCUGGCCGCUGGCCGCCCGCGGCAAACCCCGCCGGGGCAUGCUGCGCCGCGCAGUGUUCUCCGACGUGCAGCGCAAGGCGCUGGAGAAGAUGUUCCAGAAACAGAAGUACAUCAGCAAGCCCGACCGCAAGAAGCUGGCGGCCAAGUUGGGACUGAAGGACUCGCAGGUGAAAAUCUGGUUCCAGAACCGGCGCAUGAAAUGGCGGAACUCGAAGGAGCGCGAACUGCUGUCCAGCGGGGGCUGCCGAGAGCAGACCCUUCCCACCAAGCUCAAUCCGCACCCGGACCUCAGCGACGUGGGCCAGAAGGGCCCCGGGGACGACGAGGAGGAAGACGAGGGCCCGGGCAGCCCCCGCCACCGCCUGGCCUACCGCGCGUCCCCUGAGCCUCGGCACCGGCGCGACCCGCGGCUCGAAGGGCCACUGCCCGCGUCCCCGGCGCACUCGAGCAGCCCCGGCAAACCUUCGGACUUCUCCGACUCCGAGGAGGAGGAGGAGGAGGGCGAGGAGGAGGAGGAAAUCACGGUUUCCUAG